UGUUGUUGUUUUUAUUUUAAAUCAAACAUGUUUUUUUUAAUAACAUAAAAAAUCUUUACUAAGGGUGCUUUAAAACAUUGUUAUUUACCAUAUGUCCUCGUUCUGGCAUAGGGGCGCUGUAGCGCCAAAACGCGAAUGUUGCAACUCAUCAACCACCGGCGAAAAAUAAUCUUUUUAGAGCGGACCAACAGAACACUCUCAGUCAAAUACUGGGAAAAUUAAACAUUUACCCUUGCUUUCGGUAUUAUUACAGUCGGCUAACUGAUUUCACUUUAAUUACAUCCCACAAAAAAAUCAGCAUUUUUUUAAUACACCCAAAAAGAAGUUAAACAUGGCGGAAAAUGCAGAACAAAAUGAGGCAAAACAUGACAGCUCUUCAUCCCCUGGAAUGACAGACCAAGAGAAAGAAAUGGCAGCAAGUGCAUAUGAAGCAUUUCUGGCUGGAAAAUACGAUGAGUCUCUCAAACACCUUGACGCUUUGCAGGAACACAACAAAGAUGAUUACAAGAUUGCCAUGAAUAAAGCUGUGGUAGAGUUUUAUAAAAGUGGUCAGAGCACCACAUGGGAUCUGAAGGACACCCUAAUGAAAAUGAAGAAUCAGGUUCACACAUCAGCAGAAGACGUUGAUGGGCUGGAUGAUGUUGAAAACAGUUCGCUGUACUACAAUCAGGCCAUCAUCCACUAUCAUAUGAGACAGUACUCUGAAGCCAUCUCCAUAGGAGAGAAGUUGUACCAGUUUCUUGAACCAUUUGAAAAGUUUGCUCAGGCCGUUUGCUUCCUGCUUGUGGAUCUGUACCUCCUCACCUUCCAACCAGAGAAGGCGCUCCAUCUACUGGCUGUGUUGGACAAACUCUCUGUGCAAGGAAACAACAAGAAUGGCAAAGGAGAGAACAACAAUUCAACCAAAGAGGGAGCCAAUCAAAAAGCAGAGUUCACAGCCAUGAAUGAGGCAGCUAAGUCAAAGAUGCACCAGUACAAGGUGAGAGCCUACAUUCAGAUGAAGUCAUCCAAGGCCUGUAAAAGAGAAAUCAAAUCAGUGAUGAACACAGCAGGAAACUCUGCCCCCUCGCUUUUCUUGAAGAGUAAUUUUGAGUACCUGAGGGGAAACUACAGGAAAGCUGUCAAGCUAUUGAACAGCUCCAACAUCGCAGAGCAUCCAGGUCCCAUAAAGACAGGAGAAUGUGUCCGCUGUAUGUUCUGGAACAACCUGGGCUGCAUCCACUUUGCAAUGGGGAAACAUAACUUAGGCAUUUUCUAUUUUAAGAAGGCGCUGCAAGAGAAUGACCACACGUGUGCACAACUGGGGGAUGGCAACAAUGGCCAGUCUAAGAGGUUCACAGGAAUCCCUAUGUGUGCUCUACUAGCCAACAAACGCUAUGAGCUGCUCUAUAACUGUGGGAUACAACUGCUACACAUCGGCCGGCCUCUGGCAGCCUUUGAGUGUCUGAUGGAGGCGGUGCAGGUUUACCACUCCAACCCUCGGUUGUGGUUACGGCUUGCUGAGUGCUGCAUUGCAGCCAACAAAGGGGGCUCGGAGCAGGAGAAUAAAGGGUUGCCUUGUAAAAAAGGUAUAGUCCAGUCUGUGGUUGGGCAGGGUUAUCAUCGCAAGAUUGUUCUGGCAUCUCAGUCCACCCAGAAUACCAUCUACAGUGAGGGCCAGUCAGCAGCAAUCCCAGUGGCCAGCAUGGAGUUCGCAGCCAUUUGCCUGAGAAACGCCCUGCUACUGCUGCCUGAACAUCAGCAGCAGGACGCCAAGACAGAGAAUGGCUCCAAGAGCUUUAGUCAGUCGGGAAGUACGGAGAGCGGCAGUGAGAACAGUGACGCCUGCAGUGGGAAAGGUCAAGAUGCUGAUAAAUUCUUAUCUGCAGCUCCAUCAUCUCCUCUUAGAAAACAGGAGGUAGAAAAUCUUAGGUGUUCAAUCUUGGCCUGUAGUGCAUAUGUCGCUUUGGCUUUGGGAGACAACUUGAUGGCUUUGAAUCAUGCUGAAAAACUUCUCCAUCAACCUAAGGUGUCUGGAUCUCUGAAGUUCCUGGGUCACCUGUAUGCUGCUGAAGCCCUCAUCUCAUUGGACAGGAUCUCUGACGCCAUUACGCAUCUCAACCCGGAGAAUGUCAGUGACGUGUCAGUGGGAGUGCAGAGCAGUGAACAGGACCAAGGUUUGGACAAAGGUGAUGAACCUGUGGAGUCAUCAGGGAAGCAGACUCCUCUGUGUUACCCCAGCAGUGUGUCAUCAGCUCGGGCCAUGAUGCUCUUUAACCUGGGCAGUGCCUACUGUUUAAGAAGUGAAUAUGAAAAGGCUCGAAAGUGUCUACACCAGGCUGCAUCAAUGGUGAACAACAAAGAAAUUCCGCCUGAAGCUAUCUUAUUAGGAGUCUACUUAGAACUUCAGAAUGGCAACACUCAGCUGGCUCUGCAGAUCAUCAAACGCAAUCAACUCCUGCCCACAACAGUCCAGAGGAUGUCGCCAGACUCUCGCAAAAAACCUGUCCAACCCUUCCAGCUGUCAUCAACUUUCACACAAGUCCAGCGCAAGUGAACCUCCUCCACCACCACUUCUUCUGAGCCCCAUCCCCACUGCACACACACAGCCCUGAGGAGCCAUGAUAUUUAUGAAGCUGCUUCUCCUCAGCAUCCGGAGCUGUAUGAAAUGAAAAAAGGCAGUCGAGUGAUGACUGAGAAGCUUCUAUUGCAGCAGUAUCCAUGAACUGUGACCAGCUGACUUUUUAUUUCCAUUAGAACAGGGAUUCUGUGUUGUCUAAGCAAAUAAAUUUUAUUUACUUUACUAAA